AUGUGGUUACCACUAUUAAGCAAUGAAAUUACAGUUGUUGUAGCUCCUAAACCUGAAGCAAAAGUUAAAGCAUGUUUCCCUCCAUCAAGGGCAGCCAGACAUUCUUCUAAAGUAUUUCUAGUGGGGUUUCCUGAUCUACCAUAUUCAAAACCCGUAUGUUCUGCUGGUGCAGGUUGUUUAAAUGUAGUAGCAGUUACUAUAGGUGGAAAAACUUCUGCAGAGUUCCAUUUUCCGGGUCCUGUCCAGCAUGAAUUGCAAUAG